UUUUCUCCGCUUAUUUCCACGCCGCUGUCUUCGAUGGAAAUGUGAAUUUGUGAGUGUACUAUAUUGUAGGAAUAAUAUCAUCUGACCAAAUUUGCACAGAAAUAUAAUUUAAAAAUUAUUAAGAAAAAUGGAGGGAGCACAAAAAGAAACAGUUAAUUCUGUACAAGUGUUCGGCAGAAAAAAAACUGCCACUGCUGUUGCAUAUUGUAAGCGAGGAAAUGGUUUGAUGAAAGUAAACGGCCGACCUCUAGAUCUUUUGGAACCUCAAGUACUAAAAUAUAAGCUUUUGGAACCAAUUCUCCUGCUCGGAAAGGAAAAGUUUGCCGGAGUCGACAUCAGAGUUCGAGUAAAAGGAGGCGGUCAUGUAGCACAGAUCUAUGCUAUCAGACAAGCUAUUUCGAAAGCUCUUGUGGCUUAUUACCAGAAAUAUGUUGAUGAAGCUUCCAAGAAAGAAAUCAAAGACAUUUUGAUCCAGUAUGAUAGGUCGCUGUUAGUUGCUGAUCCCAGACGGUGUGAACCCAAAAAGUUCGGUGGUCCAGGUGCUCGUGCGCGCUACCAGAAAUCUUAUCGAUAAAUUGUAUAAUAUUCAAAAUAAAAACUUGAUUACCUUGUU